AUGCACUCGAGCUUGCUUCUCGUUUCAGCCAACCUUGGUUCUUAUCCUUCUCUGGUAUGAUUUGCAAACAGAUCACUCUCAACUGCAGAAUCAUGAUCAACAAACAUCUUUCCUUCGAAAUAUCUUUGAGGUUUCUAUUACUCAUAUUUAACGGAAGUUGUGCCAGGUCAUUGAGGCAAACCGGCCUGCUUUCGUUGCCGUACAUCUCCAAGAGAUAAGUGGGAAGAAAUUUCAGUCACUGCCCAAGUGCACUGAAAAUUUCAUAAAGUUUUUCCUAUUUCCUGUUCAUUUCCAUCGGAUUAGGUCAAUUUUAGAGACUGUACGCGAGGAAGGCUUUACAAAUUCAUUAGUUGUUUUGGAUGACUCUCCUGAUGCGGUCACACACACUGUAGCUCAUUUAAAUUUCGCUCAUCUUUAGAGCCUCGGAGGCCUAUAUCUUGCAAAAAGAGGAAUAGACGCACACACAUACUGCUUUGGAGGUAAAAUAUUUUAGAAUCUCAUCUUUGUUUUCAGACCAUAAAUUUCUCCCGCUGUGUGAAUCGAAAGUAUCCUCUCAGUCUCCAUCAUUUUUAGUUUUUUACCCAUGGGCUUGA